UCAUCAUCGAAAAACCUCUGAAUCUCUGAUAACGUUGUAGUCCCACCCUUUGAUCCAGUUAUGGCUUCCAAUACCAUUCUCCAGAUUGUCACCUUACUAUCAGUAUUUCUGCCCAUUGCAAAGUCGGUUCAGUUCAACUAUCCUGCCGUCUUCAACUUUGGUGAUUCGAACUCCGACACAGGUGAACUCGCUGCUGGCCUUGGUUUUGAGCUCUCACCUCCAUAUGGACAGACUUACCCCAAACUUUCUCCACACGGAAGAGCUUGUGAUGGUCGUCUUAUCGUAGACUUCCUAAUGGAUGCAAUGCACCUGCCGUUUCUCAAUGCCUAUCUGGAUUCAGUUGGAAUGCCGAAUUUUCGAAAAGGGUGCAACUUUGCUGCUGCAGCGUCCACUAUACUUCCAGCUUCUCCAACAUCUCUUAGCCCAUUUUCAUUUGCUGUGCAAAUCUCUCAGUUUCUUAGAUUCAAAGCCAGGGUUCUUGAAAUUCUAGCUAAAGGUAAGAAAUAUGAGAAGUAUCUGCCCACAGAAGAUUUUUUUGGGAAGGGGCUUUACAUGUUUGACAUAGGCCAAAAUGACAUUGCUGUUGCAUUUUGGAGUAAGACAUUGGAUCAGGUUCUUGCUUCAAUUCCAACAAUUCUAGCUGAAUUUGAAACUGGAAUUAAGAGACUAUAUGAUCAAGGAGCUAGGAACUUUUGGAUACACAACACAGGUCCUGUGGGGUGUUUGACUCAGAAUGUACUCAAAUUCGGAACUGACCCGUCAAAGCUUGAUGAGCAAGGAUGUGUAAGCGGACAUAACCUAGCUGCCAGAACUUUUAACCUGCAGCUUCAUGCUUUCACCAAAAAGUUGCAAGGGCAAUUUACAGAUGCAAAUGUCACAUAUGUUGAUAUCUUCUCUAUCAAAUCUAACCUCAUUGCAAACUAUUCCAAGAACGGAUUUGAACAACCUAUUAUGGCUUGCUGUGGAUAUGGAGGUCCGCCCUUGAACUAUGACUUUCAGAUUGGCUGUGGGCAAACAAAGGUCUUGAAUGGGAGCUCUGUCACAGCCAAAGGGUGCAAUGACAGUGGUGCCUAUGUUAGCUGGGAUGGAAUUCAUUACACUGAGGCUGCAAAUCAUUUUGUCUCAUCAAAGAUACUCACCGGAAUAUACGCUGAUCCACCUUUUUCAGACCAAAUGCCUUUCCUUCUUAACCUCUAAGUUUUGAAGUUCUAUUGUGCUUCAUUAUUGACCAAUGUUUUAAAACGC